CUCAAGGUUAACGCCCACUGAUGGGAAGCGGAAGACGGAGUAACUCUCCGCUGGUUUCGUGGUCUCUUGCCGUAAACUGGAAGCAAUUGAACUCCAUUUCGAUGGCACAUCUGCAGUCAUCGUGGACUGCGGUGAACGCUUCAGGCACCGAGGAGAAAGUCGCCGCCGCCGCAGUCAUGUAACGCCGUGACAGACAGCCGAAGAGACGUGUUGAUUCACAUGUAACUAUGGCACACUGAUAAGAGGUGCUCCCCGCCGGUGUCUCUGCUGCUGCUGCCGCUGCUGCCAUGGAGGUGGGCAGCCUCCCCGUGGAGCUGUGGAGAGUUAUCCUGGCCUACCUUCCUCUCCGUGACCUGGGCCGCUGCUGCCAGGUGUGUCGUGCCUGGAGGGAGCUCAUCCUCUCUCUGGACAACACCCGCUGGAGGCAGCUCUGCCUCGGCUGCCCUGAGUGCAGGCACCCCAACUGGCCCAGUCAGCCACAUCUGGAGCCCCCAUCCUGGAGAGAGGCCCUGAAGCAGCACGCCCUGGCCACCCGCACCUGGACUCAAAAUGGACCAGAGCUCCAGUCCUCCGCCUGCCUCCUCUUCUUCCGUCGCAGGAAAGACCGCAGGGUUUGGCAUGUGGGGCCAGGGUGUGAGUUCGAGACCCUUCGCGGGGCCCUCGGGGUGGUGGGGCCGUAUGACCGUGUGGUCCUCCAUCCAGGGGUGUAUGAGGAGCAGGCUGAGGUGGCGCUGAAGGUGCCCGUGGAGCUGGUUGGGCUGGGGCGACUUGGUGAGGUGGCCCUCUUGGUGUGUAUGGAGCAGCAGUGCCCCACUGCCAGGCUGUGUAAUCUGGUUUUCAUGCCACCCUGGUUCUCCACUGUGGUCUACAAGACGUCAUGGGGUCAUGUCCAGCUAGAUAAUUGCAACUUUGAGGGGGCUCAGUUGCAAGUCCGCGGCCCAGCAACCUGUCAGGCUCGCUUCUGCUCCUUCUCACAAGGCAGCUCAGCCCACUUACUGGGUGUCGUCCUCAGUUUAUUGGACAGCUGUGACUUCUCUGGGAGUGACACAGCAUCUGUGACAGUUGAAGGCCCCCCUGUCUCAGAAAGGAACUGGGCUUGCAAACACUUGGCUGCCUUGGCCAGGACGUUCCCGUCAUGUGGCGCAUCUGGGAAUAACCGCAGCCCCCCCACAGGCCAUGUGGCAGGUUCCACUGGUGGGCAUCAACCUCCAGGUGCCAAUGUUAAAAAGGAGCAUGUGAACAUAGAGGACUGGCAGAGGAGGACUGGGGUAGAUGCAGUGUGUCAGGGCACAGUGAUUGAAGACUGCUGGAGUGACCACAGCGAGGGAGAGGAGGAAGAUGGAGGAGGAAUUAACACCAUAAACCCAUGUACGUUGGAUUACAAAAUCCCAUGUGACCAUCACGGCCUGUCCCAUUUGCUCAAGCCCCAGCCAGAUGGCUCUCUACCACCGGCCUCCUCCCCGGAUCCCCCAUCUGUAACCCCCGAACCCCUCACAUUUCAACAGGAACUAGACCGGGACCCUGAGGCUCAGAUGUUGGCAGCAUCCACCCAUGGCUGUAUCCUCAGACGCUGCCUCUUCAGGGAAGGGAAGGGAGGCGUGCAUUUGUCUAAUUAUGGACAAGCUCGGCUGGAAGGCAAUGUUUUCCGUGGGCUGAAUUAUGCUGUCCGCUGUAUCCAGAACUCCACAAUAGUGAUGCUGAGAAACGAAGUGUGUGAGUGCCGGGCAUCGGGUGUGUUCCUGCGCCUCUCUGCUCAGGGCCUCAUUGCAGAAAACGACAUCCACUCGAAUGGGGAGGCAGGGCUGGACAUCCGAAAAGGGGCUAACCCCAUCAUUGUGUGUAACAAAAUACACAGCGGUUUACGUUCAGGGGUUGUUGUCCUUGGCAAUGGAAAAGGGUCAAUUCGGAGCAACCAGAUCUAUAACAACAAGGAAGCAGGCGUGUAUAUACUCUUCAGCGGCAAUCCUGUGGUCAGUGGGAAUCACAUCUUCCAGGGCCAGGCAGCAGGGAUAGCUAUAAACGAGAAUGGAAGAGGAAUGAUAUCAGAGAAUGUGAUCAGAGAGAACCAGUGGGGAGGUGUGGACAUCCGCAGAGGAGGUGACCCCAUCUUGAGGAACAACUACAUCUGUUAUGGCUACUCAGAUGGUGUUGUGGUAGGAGAGAGAGGCCGUGGACUUAUUGAGGGAAACCAUGUCUACUGUAACAAAGGCUGUGGUGUGUGGGUUAUGUCCUCCAGCCUCCCGCAGCUCCUGGGAAACUACAUCACCCAUAACUGCAUGUACGGGCUGGCCGUGUUCUGUAGAAAGGAUCCAGGGAACAUCGAGGCCAGGGAGGGGAACUGGCCAGGGCAGGACGGUGUUGGUGGAGAUGGAGGCAGCGGGGAAAGAAGGGGGGUAGAUGGAGAGGGGCGAGAAGGGCAGGAGAACUUGAAUGAAGAGGGGGAGCUAUUUGCGUGGGAGAGUGAUCUGGACAGUGAGGAUGAGCGCCACUCUGCCCGUCGCUCAAUCAGUGUGGCCCUGGUGGAGAGCAACUGCAUGAACUACAACGGAGUUGGUCUGUACGUGAAGAGCAGUGAGCCCCUGAAUGUUUUCUCUAACCUUGUGAACAGUAACCGUGGCACCGGCAUUACUGUGCUGCAGAGCAGUCAACUUACCCGGCUGGUUACAAACUGCAUUGUGGACAAUGGCCGAGGUGGUGUAACGGUGGAGAAAGACUGCAGAGUGGAGCUUCGUGGUAACGGCAUUUAUAAAAACGGUGGCCAUGGCGUCAGUUUCGGGGGUAACGGGCAGAUUGUGGAGAAUGAUGUGGUUGGAAACUGUGGAUAUGGGAUCCAAGUCUCUGGUAGUGCUGACAUCAAGAUACUGCGCAACCGCAUCCAACCAGCGCAGGGCUGUGGCAUCGCUGUGCUUGGGCCAGUAAAAGGCGUUGUCCAUGACAAUCUCUUGUUCCAGGGCCACCCUGGAAACAAAAAAUCACUACUGCAUAUGGAUCCUGGCAAUGAGAGCUGUGCGUUGCGCAACAACAGUGUUCUAAGGCAUAAUAACAGCUGUACACCUGCUCCUCCCUGGGUUUUGGAAAACCCUCCACCUCGUCCAUUGGCCAGCUCCCCUUCUGGCCUCUCCUCUUCCCAAUAUCCCUCCCGACUUGGGAUCUCCAUGACGACCAGGAUCAGCGCCACUGUAGAAAGCGGUUGCCAUAGUGGCAGUAUGUUCUGCUCUAUCCUGUGAAUACUGCCGGGCACUUAUGAAUGAAUGGUCAGCAUAUGUCAUACACGUGGAGCACACUGACUUUAAAUGAUACUCUCCAGUUGUAGUAACUGUCCAAAGAGCGAGAGGCUGCUUUGAGUAUAACCACUAAUAGGGACGUCCACCUUACAGUGCGUUAAUGUGUCACAAUAUUUUGUAAAUCUGGAACCAGAUUUUGUAAAUGUUACAAAUUUGUGUAAAUGUCAAAUAAUGGAGUGCAGCUGAAGUACAACACACUCAAGUCAAACAACCAUUCACAGACUGAAGCUUUAACUUACCGGUAAUCUUUAAGAUGCACAUUGCAUACAUAUGUACAGAACUGCUGUAGAAGUAGGUGGUUUCAUCCGUUUGCUUCUGAGACUCACUGGUUAGGAGGUGCACAUUUAUAAAUCCUAGCAGGAGCCAGAGGCUUCAGAGAUGCCAGCUUCAAACAUGUUACAAAGUAAAGCUGUGCCUUGUUUGACUUUUUUAAUCAAAUCAAUGAUUGUAGCUAGGAGGAGGAGUUGUCAUAGUGUGAGAGGUGCAUAUGCAAAAAAAAACAAAAAAGGCCAAACUUAAGCUUCUGCCUGUUGCACGGAGCUGCUUUGUUUCCUGGUGAGUCUGUGUUUUUUGUCCUUCGUGUUUCAUGUUGUUUUUGGAGAAAUUCAGUGAGGGAGGACAAGUUGUCAUUCGAGACACCAUCAGUCUGCUGCACAGUGACACACGAUGCACAGACUCACCUGGUAAUUGCCAGUUUAAAAGUAAUAUUAUGUUCAGUGUGCAAUAUGUACCGACUACAAACGUGCUUAUACAUUCUGACUGUCUGAGCUAGAUGUUUUCUCUCAUCUAGAAUUUGUUUACAGCUCAUUACUCCGCUUUUUCGUAUCUUUCAUAGUAAGCGUUAAGGAACAAAGUCAUGUACAACUCAAAGUUCACCAUUUUAUUUGUCUACAAAAUGCAUUAAUAAAGUCCUCGUGUGCGUGUGGCA